AUGAACUCAUGGAGAGAGUGGCUCACAAAAUCGAGCCAUUCGGGCGAGGAGAUCGUAAAUGCAAUACGGCCCCGUGUGCAGAAUUGGGUGGACGCCAGAGACGGGAUUUCCUUCCGUACGGCGCAGAUACUAUCGGGCCAUGGAUGCUUCGGUCGAUAUCUGUACCAUAUUGGAAGAGAAAACACAAGUAGAUGCUGGCAUUGCGACGCGCACACAGAUACGUCGAGACACACGCUGGAGGAGUGCCCGGCGUGGAAUCGACAGAGAAGGCAGCUGAUCGAGGCUGUUGGACGCGAUCUGAUUCUUCGAGCAAUAGUCGAGGCCAUGCUGAGUUCCGAAGAAAAGAGGGGGGCCAUCUUCACAUUUUGUGAAGAGGUCAUAGCCCGGAAGGAGGACAAUGAGAGAGCGCGUCGAAGAGAAGGUCGACAUACGCUCAGCAGCUGGAUGUAG